AUGUUGGCAGACCGGCUGCUGCACGAGAGGCUAGACGGUGAUGUCGGUGAUGUCGCCGAGAGGGUGCUCUACAACUCAAGCAUCACGACCGGUAUGUCGGUGGACGGCAGAGCUUUCACCUAUGUCAACCAGCUCGCGAGCUCGGCCGAAGAGCCUUGCGAGCGCUUCGAUUGGUUCGAGUGUGCCUGCUGCCCUCCCAACGUGAUGCGCACCUUUGGCUGCUUGCAAGGCUACUUCUUUGGCAGCUUGUCCAGUCGGACCUCGGAUCUUGCGAUUCAUCAGAUCUUUGCAGGCCGCAUCGACUAUCUUGGCAACAAGGUUCAUAUGCGCACCAAUUACCCGCACGACGGUCAAGUCAACAUCCGCGUAGAGGCUAUCUCCCCGUCGGCAACCAUCUGGCUGCGUGUUCCAGGCUGGGCCAGGUCGACCUACACGUUCUCUGGCGAUGUCCAGAUGGUGAAUGGCUACAUUGCUAUCGAGAAGCCCGGCGAAUACAAGCUAAGCUUGCAACUAAGGCCACGACUCCUCUACUCUCAUCCAGACAGUGGACCCAGCCGUGUGAGUCUCGCCUACGGUCCGCUCAUCUAUUGCAUAGAGGAUAUCGACAAUCCGUGGAUCGACGACCUUCCCGAACGCGAGCAACACUUCAAACACCUCUGCUUCGACUUGCCAGCGGACCCCUCUCAGAUCAGCGUGCUCGGACAGGACAGCGAUGGGAUCAUCAAAUUGCGAGUAGCUGCGGCAGGCUACACGCUUAAGGUCGAGGAUGCUCGAGGUUUUGCUUCUGCCUUCGAGCAGGACAAACAGCCCGGAUUCUAUGAGGAAGCAGGGCAAGGCCACGAUCUCGUCUUCAUUCCUUACUUUUACCGCUGCAACCGAAAGGGCACAAAGGGAAGGAUGCGCACUUCUCUCCGCGUCAAGCCGUGA